AUGAUUGUUGACCAAUUUGAUGACUAUCGGGAAUCGACGAUCGGUGCCGCGUUUCUUACCCAGACGAUAUCUCUAGAUGAAAAUACAACUGUCAAAUUCGAGAUAUGGGACACUGCUGGCCAAGAAAGAUACAAGUCUCUUGCGCCAAUGUACUAUCGGAAUGCGAACUGUGCUGUUGUUGUCUACGAUAUCACCCAAGCAUCCUCCCUCGACAAAGCAAAAUCAUGGGUAAAGGAACUUCAACGGCAGGCGAACGAGAACAUCGUCAUCGCCCUUGCCGGUAAUAAACUGGAUCUUGUGACGGAUAGCCCGGACAAGCGUGCCAUCCAGACAGCAGAUGCUGAAGCCUAUGCGCGUGAAGCAGGUCUGCUUUUCUUCGAGACGUCAGCCAAAACCUCGACAAACGUACGAGAGCUAUUCACGGCCAUAGCGAAGAAACUGCCAUUGGACCAGGCGGGUCCCCGAAAUCUACGAUCUAAUCCCCGUCCAGGGGUUGAUUUGCGCCCUGAGGCUGCUGGACCACAGGCGAACAGCUGUUCGUGCUAG